CUUUACUGUCUUCCUGCCUCCUGCCUGGCAAUGGUGUAAAUCCCCCCUUGAGCGCAGUUGAUCGACUUGACAACAACCCGCCUCUAUGCGAGCGGUACUUCCGGGGCGCCCCCCACCCAAGCUCCAAUCCUUCACCACCGCGCUGUGGGACGGUCUCCGCGUUGUCGCGUAUAUCUCCGGGAAUGCACUGGUGAUCCUCGGCGGUCCACACAAACUCCUGCAGACAAUCUACAUUGACGAUGCCGAUGCCUUGGAGGCGGUGACCAUUGAUGAGGCCUCCGGCAAGAUCGCGGCGUGUGGUGGUCCGGAUGUCUUUGUAUACCAGCCGUAUGGGAUCAAGGGCGAGACGUUGAAGUGGUCGCUCGCCUAUACCCUCCGAUCCGACAAUGACGACGAAACGAUUCGGACGCUAUCCUGGGGCUCGCCCCAGGAGCUGCUCCUGGGCAAUUCGCACUUGACCCUGUGGUUUCUGAACGACGACCCCCGCAUAGUCUGGAAGCGCGACCUCGCCUCCCCCGUCAAAUUCGCCCAGUUCUCCCCCGAUGCGGCCCUCGUCGUGACCACGGGGCAAUAUGACCGUCUGGUGAAGGUGUGGCGACGGCUGUCGUUUGGGGCCGAUGACGUGCGGUUUGAGGUCUCCUAUCUGCCGCAUCCCGCCGUCGUGACCGGGAUGCAUUGGCGGAAACCCCUCCACCGCGAGCAGUCCAUGGAGAACGUCUUCUAUACCUGGUGUGCCGAUAACAAGAUCCGAGUGUGGGCGACGGUGGACCAUCAUACCCCGUCCGCGCUGCAGCUGUGGACGCUGAUCGAUAUGGGCGCGUCGGUGCAACCGCGACAUACGGACGAGACGAGCAUGACCCGCCGAUACGGAUUCGUGGUCGACAGCCGAGACUUUUGCGUGGCAACCGAACAAGCCGUCCAGCGGCGCUCCGGCAACCACGGGAACCAUACGUUGGAGCAUAUCAUCGAGGUCGCCAAGAGGAGUCCCGAGAUCUGCGUGGUGCUCGACGGUCAGGGUCAUAUGUCGGCGUGGGCAAUGGAGGAUGUCGGCAGCAAGACCAAGGCGGACUUGAAGACGUUUAACGUCCUACACGUGGAGGGCUUGGAUUUGGCGUUCAUGCCGGGCCGCUCCGCGGAGGAGGACUACGCCCAGGUGUGCGCGUUCCACAGCACCCAUGCGGACGACUCGCUCAGUAUACUGGUUCACCACUUCGACGGCCGGAUUGAGUGGUUCGAUUCCCGGGUGGAUGUCUUAUUCGAUCCGGCUCCGCGGAAGCACCGGAUCUCGAUGAAAGCGUCCUGGACGGGCCACAACGGUCCGGUCAAGAAGAUCGUUCGCAAUGCCAUCGGGGAUACCCUGGCCUCGCGCACCAGCGACAACAAGGCGCUCAUAUGGCGGCAGACGCGGCGACACGGCGUGCCGGUGCUUCUCCGCCAGAGCACAUUAUACUCGGACGAGCACAUCCAUCGCAGCUGCGUCGUCGAAAGCGGCGAUUUUCUGGUCAACCUUCAUCGUAACGGGAUCUCGGUUUGGGACAUCCGCUCGUUCCAUGCGCAGAAGAUCGCCGCGACAACGUUCCAGCUGUCUAGCAAACCGCUCUGCGUUCUCCCCGUCCCCUCCACGGAGAAGGCCUCCGAGGUAGUGUACGUCGCCACCAUCGGGUCAGAUUUAAAUGGCUUCGUCUGGGAAAUCCGGCUGCCAACCGCAACACACGAAGCCAACGGUGCGACCCCCGAACCCCGGUGUUCGUUGGAGAAAUUCUGCUCCUUCAGCUUAGACAUCCAAGAAGACAUCUCGUACAUUCUCCCCGUGGACCCGGCCGGACCUGCCACGGAGACGUCGGGAUUCUUUGACCUGUUUUCCCCGGAUAUUGCGCUGUCGUACACGAAGAGUGGAACGGUCCACACGUGGACGGCGAAAGUGGACAAGAAGAAACGCCGAGUGGACUGGUUGCUGACGUCGACGAUCGAGACGGGGAUCACGAAUCUGUCACUGGCGAGCGGAAGCUCCAUCAAAAAGGCCGCCCUCGUGGAUGAGGAUCGCACGCAUCUAACGAUUUGGGACACGAGCGGCGCUCAGCUGGAAUUUGAGGAGCAAUUCUCCCAGCACGAUAUCAUCCGGGAUCUCGACUGGACGUCCACCCCGGAUCGGCAGUCGGUCCUUGCGGUCGGAUUUCCCCACAAGGUCAUCCUACUGUCACAGCUCCGGUACGAUUACCUGGAUGCGCACCCUUCAUGGACCCAGAUUCGGGAAAUCUGGAUCCGAGACCUCACGCCCCAUCCCAUUGGCGAUUCCUGCUGGCUCAGCGGUGGGCACCUGGCUAUCGGAGCGGGCAAUCAGCUGUUCGUGUAUGGCAACGAGAUUGAUGCGACGGAUCGGUUGAUCACGCAUCUUCGGUUCCCGUCCCGAGGGUCGUCGACGGUAGAUCUUUUUGAGGUCGUGAGCCGGCUGAAUGGCCCGCUGCCGGUUUUCCAUCCCCAGUUCUUGGCGCAGUAUAUCCUGAGUGGGAAGACCGGUCUUGUGCAUUCUGUUUUGAUGAAUCUGCUCCGGAAGCUGAAAUUCUAUACGGAAGGUGACGACAUUGAUGGCUUCUUGGAGAUGCCAUUGGAACGAUUUUACUUGGAUAGUGAUUCUCCGCCAAAAGCUUCGUCGAAAGACCUGAACUCGUCCUUCGGCGAUCUCUCUAUGGAGGAUGAGCCUAGUGUCGUGGAUGAGAAUUCCGCCGCGACGCUCACGGAGUACCUAUCUCGGUUCGCACUGCCGCAGCUCUCCAGCCAGGAGCAGUUCCGACUGGUCGAUACGGUUGAGUGCGUUGCCACCGUCGAAAAGCACAGACGGUCGAUGGAUGACAAUGCCGCUCGCUAUCUUUUGUUCUUCCGGCAACACAUGCUGCGGAGGACGCAGGGUGUUGCGAACAAAGAUACCGUCUCGUGGAGGGAGAUUGUAUGGGCAUUCCAUAGCGGGAGCCAGGACAUCCUCGUUGACCUCGUGUCCCGGCAAUUUGGUGGCAAGCUACUCUGGAAGUCGGCUCGGGAGAGCGGAAUGCUCAUGUGGCUGUCGAGUCCUACUGCUAUCCGAGCGCAACUCGAGAUUAUAGCACGAAACGAGUAUACGAAGACAGACGAGAAGAACCCCGUUGACUGUUCUCUGUUCUACUUGGCACUCCGGAAGAAAAAUAUUCUACAAGGACUCUGGCGCAUGGCGCACUGGAAUCGGGAGCAAGGGGCUACGCAACGGCUGUUGGCGAACGAUUUCCAGGAUCCACGGUGGAAAACCUCUGCCUUGAAAAAUGCAUAUGCUCUGCUCGGGAGGAGGAGAUUUGAGUACGCGGCUGCAUUCUUUCUGCUCGCAGACCACUUGCGCGACGCCGCGAUGGUGUGUCUCAACCAGGUCGGCGACGUCCAGCUUGCUAUCGCCAUCACACGUGCGUACGAGGGAGACGAUGGGCCGGUGCUAAAAGAAAUUCUGGAAGAGAGGGUGAUUCCGGAGGCGGCAUCAGACGGCAACCGGUGGAUGGCGUCGUGGGCGUUUUGGUUACUGGGUCGACGUGAUAUGGCUGUACGAUCACUGAUCUCUUCUAUCGAGACCCUCAUCCCAUCAACCCCAGCAUCCCCAGCAUCAGCCGGCACGAUCCCGCUACAAGCAAAGUCCUACCUCUCCAACGACCCAGCACUAGUAGUCCUAUACAAACAAAUCCGCGAAAAGACCCUCCAAACCCUUAAAGGCGCCUCCAAAGUCUCCGCCCAAGCCGAAUGGAACUUCAUCAUCCGCAACGCCCGCCUCUACGACCGCAUGGGCUGCGACCUCCUCGCCCUAGACCUAGUCCGCCACUGGGAAUUCCUCAGCGGGCCCCCAACCAUCCCACACCCGCCCACAAAGCCAUCACCCAUCCUGCACCACGACGCCAACGGCAUCGACUACAGCAAGAUGCUCCGCCGACGGAGCAGUCUCGUAGUGGCAGACAUGCCCAUCAAGCCGAGCUUCCCGCAGGGACUAGAAGCCGAAGCCGUGGACACCGAGGAGGCGCCGCAGGAACCGAAGCCGAAGCCGCCGCCGACGACGUUCCAUGAGCCGGAUGCGAAUUCGCUGCUUGAUAGUUUUGGGUUCUAGUCUUUCCCCCUCCUCUUCUUUUCCUGUCCCUUGCUCUGUCUAUCAUGUGUGGUUUGGCUGCAGGCGUUGUUGGUGGUGGCUAGUGAUGAUUGAGAGUUUAGCGACCUUUUUCUACUAUUUGUUUGAUAUUCGACUUGUUACUGUUAGGUACACAAGGUGUGACCUUUUUCGAGUGUGGGAUGUGGUGUGAUGUAUAUGUAGUGAGGAUAGGACGGU